GAGAAUACAUCAGUUUGGGGCUUUCUUUAGAGUUUUUUGUGAAAAAUUGCGGUGUGGAUUAUUCACACUAUCGACAGAAACACCUGGUGUAUUUAAUUUUCAUCAAAACUACACAGCGACCUAACGACUUGAAUGUAAUAAUCUCGACCGUACGGUCCAGGUCCUCUAUUUGCUGAUCCGGAUCAAUAUGUCCUGCUGUCUGCAGGAGUUCUGUCGGGUCCAAGAGCUCAAAGCGGUCCGGGAGUUCUUGUUUCAUAACCAGCAACCCGCAGGCUCAGAUGAUAAAAACCAAACAGAGAAUGAACUAAGCUGGGACGAUUCAGACUGGGGCUCUUGGGAGAACCCAGACGCCAAAGAAGAUGGAACCACGGUUGAGGAUGAGAAUCAGACACAAGGGGCUCCCUGGCUGCAGGAUUGUGUGUUGUCUCUCUCUCCCUGCUCUGAUCUGCUGGUUGUUGCUUAUGAGCAUAAAGCUGCCUUCCUCUCAGCUAAGUGGCGGACGGAUGACUCAGGGCGGGAGGAGAUGACACUGGCUGUUUCCUGGAGUGGAACCCUUAGCACAGAGGAAGGGGAAUGUGUUAGCAGUGUCAUCUGUAUACCACUGGCCAGCCAGAAACGGAGCUCCACUGGUCGACCAGACUGGACUUGCAUAGUAGUUGGCUUCACGUCGGGAUAUGUACGCUUUUACACAGAGAAUGGCGUUCUUCUCUUAGCCCAGCUCCUAAACGAAGACCCUGUCCUCAGACUGAAGUGUCGCACCUAUGAAAUCCCUCGUCACCCUGGCAUCACUGAACAGCAUGAGGAGUUAAGCAUUCUUUAUCCAACUGCACUGGUUACCAUUGAUGGCUUCAGCCUUUUCCAGUCACUACGAGCCUGUCGAAACCAAGUUGCCAGAGCUGCAGCAGCAGGCAGUGAUGUGGUACAGCCUCCUCCUCUGGCCUAUAAGAAGUGGGGUCUGCAGGACAUGGACACCAUUGUAGACCACAGCAGCGUGGGUAUAAUGACUCUAUGUGUGUUUGAUCAGAUGAAGAAUGCCUCUAUUCUGGGGGGUUUCCAUGCAUCAGUCAAAGGCAGCCCCCCUGCUAUGAGCCAGUAUAUAACAGUGGGGGGUGGUCCCUUCACCGGUUUUUACUAUGCUAUAGAGGGAAGCUCUCAGCCUCUCCUCUCCCAUGUAGCUCUAGCAGUUGCCAGUAAACUCACUUCAGCUCUCUUCAGUGCUGCCAGUGGUUGGCUGGGAUGGAAGAAUAAGAAUGAGGAGGAACCAGUCCAAAAACAGAAGCCGAAGGUGGAGCCGGCCACACCUCUAGCUGUGAGGUUCGGCCUGCCAGAUUCCCGUCGCCAUGGUGAAUCCAUUUGUCUGUCGCCAUGCAACACACUAGCCGGAGUAACCGAUGACUUUGGUCGGGUCACCUUGCUGGACGUAGCCCGGGGAAUUGCCAUUCGCAUGUGGAAGGGUUACCGUGAUGCUCAGCUGGGUUGGGUGCAGGUAUCAGAGGCCCGUGGGGAGAGAGAGCUGGCCACCUCUCCCUCUAUGCCCCGCAGACAUGCCCAGUUCCUGGUCAUCUACGCCCCUCGCAGGGGCAUCCUGGAAGUGUGGGGCACACAACAGGGCCCCAGAGUGGGAGCGUUCACCGUGGGCAAACACUGCAGAUUGUUGUAUCCAGGUUACAGGUUAAUGGGGGUGAACAGCGUGACCAGUCAGGGUUGGCAGUUACACACACAACAGGUGUGUCUCCUAGACCCUGUCAGCGGAAUCCUGCGUACCAUCACCAUCCCCUUCCACCUCGCACUCAGUGAUAAGAAGAGUGAGCGAGCUAAGGACAUGCACCUUCUCAAGAAACUCACCACACUGCUGAGGAGCAGGGAGGUAGAACCAGAUCUUCUUGAAAGUGAGGCUCAGAAUGUGCUUCUGGACAUAAAGCACCCUGCCAUAAAGAAACAGGCAUUGGAAUCUCUCCUGUCCAAUAAGAAUGCCCCAGUCUCGUGUUUAAUCAACAUUACCCGCACCAUGUUGGCCAGCUUGAAGGAACAAGAUCCAGAGGCAGUGGAUGAAGCUCUGUUGCAGUUGUGUUCCUCUCAGCUCAGACUGCUGCAACUGUACACAGAUGUCCAGAAGCUGCACUCACCUGAUUCUUCUCCAUCAGAGAAUUUUAGUCCAUCUCUUGAGAUUGACGAGGACCUCACACGGAUUGGGCCAAUCCUGCAGCGUUACACUGAGAACAUGUCCCGCCCUUCUGUCUCAUUUGCCCAGGACCCUGAGGGUCCUCUCCCUGUCCGCCUCUUCCUCUCUCACCUAGAGUGUGAGGGGAAGGAGGUGCGGGUGGUCCGCGGACCAGACAGUGACUGGACCCAGCUAGGGAGUUUCCUGUUCUGGGGUUGUCUGUCUGGACAGAGCUCUCUGAAGACUGUGUGUGACACUCUGCAGCAGAGCGGCAUCGGACCGCAGCAGCUUCUGUCUCUGCUGUUGAGUGUGUGGCUGAACAAGGAGAAGGAGGUGCUGAAGAUUCCAGAGGCCAUUAGGAACCUACAUACACUUCUUGUCACACUCAGCUCUAUGAAAGGGGCAGUGGAUGAGUCAUGGGAUUUACAGUGCGUCUCCCCCUGGUGGCAGCAGGUUCGCACUGCAUGUGUUCAGUCUGAGAGUGCUGGUGCUGCUCUACUGGCUGCUCUGGUGGCUCACCAUGCUGCCAAGAGCUCCAUCAGCAGUUUGGCAGAGACUAAGGUAUGGAGCUUACUUGUAUGUCUGUGUGUGCACAUUAAUUCUGGUGACUGGGAGUGUGUUUCAUUGGAGCUGGAGCAGUGGGUGGUGUGUGUGAGGCAGCUGGAGGAUGUUUUGGCUUUGCAGACACUGCUGAGCCUGCCAUCCCCUCAGGGCUCACCAGGGGGCGCUGUCCCUCGCUGUUCUGUUAAAAGCCUGCUGGAGAGCGGCAGAGGCGGCAUAGCUGACAGUGUGGCCAAGUUGAUAUUCAGACAGAGUGUAUCACCUGACCAGCUGAAAGAGAUUUUACAGCAGACCACACAAACAGAGAGUUUGGACCAGCCUAAAGAGCCAAGCUCAGAACAGAGAGAGACCAGAGCAAACCUUGACAAACUGGAAGAGCUGCUGGUGUCUGUGUGCCAGCGUUUCCAGAACUCCCUUGCUCCUGAUGUGUUGUUUGCACACUGCUCCUGGGAGUAUGUAGUACAGUGGAACAAAGACCCUGAGGAGGCUCAGCACUUGGCAUGGGCAGUGGAGCAUCUGAAACUGAUUUCUAGUCCUCAUAUCCAGUUAGGUAUAUCAACUAUGAUGUGGAACACUUUCAUUGUGAAACGCUUUUCCGCUGCGGCUUUCUUGAUGGAAAAGGUGGGAAAGGCACCAAAGGACAGACUAUGCAGACGUGAUGUAGGAAUGGGUGACGGUGCGAUGACCUCUUUCCUGGGCUCCUGUGUGCAGUUGUUGCAGGUUCUAAUAGAGGCGGACUCGGGGGUGGAGGAGGUGUCAGCUCCGGAGGUGUGUGUGGAGGAGGUGUGGGGGGCUGCAGAGGGCCCAACGUCCAUAGCUGAGUUGGCUCUGGAGCAGCGGUCAGUUCACUACCCACUCGUACAGCACCAGUGCCUGUUAGCAUCACUGCUCCACGCUGCUAUGACCUUCAGUCUGCGUGUGAAGCCACUCAGCCUGUUCGACAGCAAGGGAAAGAAUGCUUUCUUUAGAGACCUGACCUCCAUCCAGCUUCUGCCCAGUGGGGACACAGACCCUAACCUGGUGUCUAUGAGACAAGAGUUUCUGCUGCAGGUGUUGACAGGUUGGGUAAAGGCAGUGGGUGAGGAUGGGGAGGGCGGCGAGCGUAGGAAGGCAGGCAGUGAGGACUCCUGGCCUGCUCUGUGUUUGGAACUAGCCUCACUGCUCCAGGUCAACCCAGACAUACUGCGCAGACACCUGGUGUGUGAGCUCUACAACCAGGGCCUGGACCUGUAUGCCGAGGAGAGGAUGUUAGAGGUGGAGGAUAAAGAUGUGCUGGGUUCUCAGUUGUUGGUUCUGACUGGGCAGAGACUGUCCUACUCUCUGCUGCACUCUCAGACCCAAACUAAACCCAGCAUGGAGCUGCUCGCAAGACUGCCACCCACUCUCUGCACCUGGCUCAAAGCAAUGGACCCCAGUGAACUGCGCUGUCCUGCAGUCCCCCUCAGCCAGAGCAGUCGGCUGGUCAGUAAAGUCAUAGAGAUCCUCCCCGAAAACCACGCCCAGUACAGCCUCGCCCUGCACCUGCUGGAGGCAGUGGAGUCCCUGCAAGAGGAACCCUGAGAGGGGUGGGAGAG